CUCACGCAGCACAGCCGGACCUGCGGGCACACUGAGGUGAACAACGAGGCCCAAAGCCGCGCACCCUGAGCAGGCCGAGCUCCCCCCGCACCACCACAACUCACCAUCGCCAUGAGGGAAGCGCUGCCACGCCGCCGUCUCACAGCACCGCCCCCUUCCCGGCUGGCCCCGCUGCUCACAGCCGCGAUGGCGCCGGCGGAGCGAGCCGUGCUGUGUCUGUUCGAUGUGGACGGGACCCUCACUGCGCCGCGGCAGAAAAUCACGGCGGAGAUGGCGGAGUUCCUGCAGAGGUUGCGUCAGAAGGUGAAGGUGGGCGUUGUCGGGGGUUCAGACUUUGAGAAGAUCAAGGAGCAGCUCGGUGAUGACGUGGUUGAGAAGUUUGACUACGUGUUUCCAGAGAACGGGCUCGUGGCUUACAAAGAUGGGAAGUUCUUCAGCAAGCAGAACAUUCAGGGUCACCUGGGUGAGGAGGUGCUCCAAGACCUCAUCAACUACUGCCUGAGUUACAUUGCAAAGAUUAAACUGCCAAAGAAAAGGGGCACUUUUAUUGAAUUCCGCAAUGGGAUGUUAAACGUGUCCCCCAUUGGAAGAAGCUGUAGCCAGGAAGAACGAAUUGAGUUCUAUGAACUUGAUAAGAAGGAGCAUAUAAGAGAAAAAUUUGUAGCUGAUUUACGAAGAGAAUUUGCAGGAAAAGGCCUCACAUUUUCUAUAGGAGGCCAGAUAAGCUUUGACGUAUUCCCAGAUGGCUGGGACAAGAGGUACUGCUUAGGAAUCAUUGCAGAAGAUGGAUACAAGACUGUUUAUUUCUUUGGAGAUAAGACUAUGCCAGGUGGGAAUGAUUAUGAAAUUUUCACAGACUCCAGAACCGAAGGCCACAGCGUUACGUCCCCGCAGGAUACAAGAAGAAUCUGUGAAGAGCUGUUUUUUUAAUUAAAAGACUUUCUUUUAGACUUCUCACUUACAAAAUGGUUAAAACAGCUUAAUAGUUCAAACCAUCCUCAUUCUGUAUUGUUUUUAUAAUUGGUGAUAAAUACUAUGUGCUUUGAGGGUGAAAAGUGAAGGGUUUUAAGUGAAGAUAACCCUGGUAACUGGUUAAUAGAGCAGAGCUCAUUUAGGACCAUCCUUUCACGGUUUCUAUUAACAGAAGUACUUUUUGGUUAGUUGUGGUUUUGUUCUUUUUUGUUUGUUUCUUUAAAGUCAUCAGCCCAAACAACUUUAUUAUGUCUCCUGUGUUUCCCUGUGGAGCAUUACUUUGAGGACAGUAAUUAAUUUCAAUUAGAAAAGCAGGCAUUUCUGGCCAGGUUAACCCACAGAACUUGAUUGCUCAUGUUUUUGUGCUUGAAGUCACGGGAACUACUGGAAAAUAAAGGGGUGAUACUGUUACACUGAUGCACUCUUUUAGAUACACCUGACAAUAUAUUUUGUAAAUCUGUGCAGGGAAAAAUGACCUUGUUUUUCCUCUUGUUUUUCCUUCUUUCCCUCUCUUUAAACUAACCAGUAAAAUUUCAUCGCUAAUUAAUUCCAUUGCAUUCCCUCCUCAUCCCUCCCCAUUAAUCUGCCUGUUGUUGAUUUAUGGCCUUAAUGUUGGCCUGCAAGGCAUUUAUGCCUUGUUUCAGUUUUGAAGCUGCUAUUUAAAAUGGAAAUUUUGAAGGCUUUUUAAAAACAUACAUAAACAACCUUAUAUGCUGUGAAGAAUUUUAAGACUCCGGAGUAAAAGAUACAUUUUACUAUUUAUUUUCUGUAAGGACCUUGCUCAUGUUCGUGCACAAGCAGCAGGUGUGGAGCCUGCCAUUACUGGGAGGGCUGGGCCACCUGAUGCUGAUUACCUCCUCAGCACAGCCUGCACUGCCAAUACACGGCACAGUUAAUGGGCCCUAUACUUUCUGCAGACUAUUUUAAAUCCACAGUGGGAAAAAAAAAGGAAACCCAAUAUUAAAAUAACUUGAGUGCAGCAACAAAAUUCGAUCUUGUCACUUAUUACACAAUUCCUGGUAAGAAUAUGAAUAUGGGUGGGAUUUUUUAGCGCUAUAAUAAAUGAUAUAUGUUUAUAUAUAUUUAUAUUAUGUAAUUGAAGCAUGCCAAUCAGAGUAACUGCUAAUCCUACUUCUCCUAUCUGACAUUUGGAAAUGAUUCUCUUCUGGGAAUGGUUUAGUUUGGAAAAAGAGAAUAAAAAUCUCAUCAUGAAAAAAUUCUAGUUGGUCAUUUUGGCAAAUAAAUUAUUUUAAGCAGA